CCACCCUGCAGCGUGGCUUCGCCGGAGUUGGGGGGUGGCCGCCUCCCUCGACACUGUGUGACUGAGAGGCUGUCGUUGAAAACCAAGCCCUUGGAGCUGGUGAAACUUUCGGCGGAGGUUCCUGCCCAGGAAAGGAUCCAGAUUGUCCAUCAGACCCUGCAUCACCUCCGCAGGAUCUACCGUAUGAACCUGAGCUCAGUCAGCUGGGUCCAGAGCUCAGUGGAACACUUCCGGCUUCUGUUGGAUCGGCAGCUCAAAGAGCUGGAUGUCUGUGUCCGGAAACCAGGCUCAGGAUCCAGACCAAGGAAGAAUGCCACAAUUCUUAAAUACUUCCGGAAGUUGAGAAAGUUUCUGAAAAGGAAGGGAUUCAGUGAAUGUGCCUGGGAGAUAACCCGCGUUGAGACCAGGGCACAUUUACAACAACUCUUCCUCAUUAUGGCAAAAAUUAGCAAAAAUAUGUGAAGAUUCUGCAGAGACAACCACAUGUGUGACUGACAUUAAUGGCUAUUUACCUAAAGUGCGUUUUAUUUAUGGAAAAAGAUUGCAAAAGAAAAAAAGAAAUUUGAACGAAAACAGAAGUUGAAGGAAAUUUUACACGUGGAGGAGAAAACUGGGUUAAUGACUUCGGUCAACAAAAAAGUUACAUCAUGAAUCCCCAUCAACAAGCGAACAUUUUCAGUAUUUUCUGACUUUACAAUAUAUUGUGUUGUUACAUUGCUGUGAUUUUCAGUUGGCAAGUAAGGGAGAACAGAAGAUGUCUAGAUGUUUAUUCACAUGCCAGUGUUGACUUAAUUUAUUGAUAUUGAUUUUUGUAUGACUAUCCUGGAUUGAGAUCUAAAUUUGGUGAAUGAUCCUGAAUCCGUUCCCGUUUUAAAGACAGUCAGAUCCUGCAGUGCAAAAUUUCAUUACUGGAGAAGAUGCGUGGUGCUUCGAAUUAUGUUAACUACAACACUAAAGUGAGAUGGAUAAUCACUCAUUUUCCACAACAUCAUGUCCAAGACAUGUUGCAAUUUUUGCCCAGCUUCCUUUAGUGUUAGCAAUUUCAGUUGGCGAGUUGUAGGGCGUUCCUCCUUUCCGAGGCUUAUCUGUUUAUUGCCAUUCAAUUUUCUGCAAAUUCUCCCUGUACUUGUUGCUCUUGCGAUAGGAGUACGAUCGUGAAUUUCUAAGCCUGCAUUACGCUCUGGUAGGUGAUGGUCUCUAGGACCAUUGAUCUUGAAUUUAUCCCGAACUGACAGUAUUCAACAUGUACUUGUUAACCCUAUAGUCUUAAGAUAAAUUUAUAUUAAUUUAUUUAUAUUUAUUGUGAUAUUAAUGUGCAAUUGUGACUCAUUAAUUUUAAUUUAUUACUAU